AUGUAGAGAAAAGAAAUUAGUUGUAGCAAGGAUGAGAUAAAUUUAAAAAAGAAAAGAGAACAUAAAAGUGGAAAUUCAAAAAAAAAGAGAAGCAUUUCUGUGCAAGAAAAGUCAGAGCUUAUUGAAUACUAUCUUAAUUAAAAAGUCUCAGAGUAUAGCUAAUAAAGCCUCUAGCCAAAAGAGUGUGAACAUGUCCAAUAAAAUGAAUAAGUUUUACCAAUUUUGUAAAAGAACGAAUCACCAAAGAAAUAAAUAGUCAGCAAAGCUCAGUUAAAUAUUGAGUUAAAGAAAUAGCUGAAUCUUUUAGGAAUAGGUGAAGAACAAGAACCUUUAGAAAAUAAUUAAACCAAUAAUGAAUUUCCAUAGAGACCUUUUUCAUCAAAGUAUUUAGUAAGAAAUAAUAGGGACAGUUCUAACUUUUACAAUAAUCGCAAAUCGAAAAAUGAGUUAGAGAUAAAGGAUUGCAAGUCUACAAGCAGAAUGAACAACAGGCAUUAUUUUCAUAUGGAAAGUAGCAGCACAUAUAACUCAACUAAUUGCGAUGUAGCAAAAAAUAAUCUUAAAUCAUAGAAAGGAUUUGGAUUUUUAACAACUUCAAAUACAUAUUUUUUAUCUAAUUCAUUUGCUAAAAGAGAAAACUUUAUCCUAAAUAGAGGGAGUUCGCUGUAAAAUAGGUUUGGUUUAGACAUUAAUUGCUAAGAAUAACCUAAAAAUUUACAAAACAAUAAUAAUAAAAAGAGAUUUAGUAAUAAUCAGUCUUCUGAAUAGUUUAAACAGAUUCAAGCUUAAGGAGAUGAGACAAGUAAAUCUAUUUUAAUAAAUAAACACAAAGAUUAUUAGCUUUAAAACUAAACUUAAAGUUUGGAAAAUUCAAACAACCAAAAAUCUAAAGAUGAUACUCAAAAAAGCUAGCUAAAAGUCAAAGAAGAAACAUUUAGCAGCUACCUUAUUAACUUGCCUAUUCAUCACUCUAAAAAAUAACCUUUUCAAGUAAAUAUUGGUGAAAAAAGGAUUAGUAAAACAAACUGUUAAUAGCAAGUAAGUGAUUACAUAAAUUUUUAAAACAAAAUGUUAAAUGGUUUGAUGCCAAAACCAACUUAGGAAGAAUAAAAUUUAAUUGAAUCUUAAAAAGAAAAAGAAGGGCUUUUAAAAUAUUUUGACUUCCCUUAAAGCUUGAACUUGCAAGAAAGCCAAAUGAAUAAAUUAGAAUAAAGCAAACAAGUAUUUUAAGCUUAUUUGAGCUAAAGAUCUCCUAAAUAAGUUGCAGAAAAAAUGAAAGACUAUUCGCUUUUAUCUGUUCUGCAAAAAGUAAAAAGUUAAUACAUGACAACAUCAAAUAGAUAAUCUAAAAGCCCUUCCAAAAAUAGCAAUUCCCCUUUUUCUGGACACAACACACCUAAUAAUUUGUAAAUCAUAGAAGGUUUAAAGGAAAUAUUGUAAGAUUCUUCAAAAGAAAAUUUAAAAAUAAUUGUGAAUCAAUAGAAAGUAGAAUAAUAAAAUAAUCAAGUAGACAGUUUAAGAGCAUAUUUUGGGAAAGAAAGAUAUUCAAAGUAGCCUAAAUUACUAUCAGAUUUAAUUAAUUAACUAUUUAAAGAAAGCGAACUUCAAGGCAAAGAAAAAAAUGAUUAAACUAAUCUAUGUUAAGUAAUUUAAGAUAGUUACCAAGCACAUUUCCUCUUCAAAAGAAGCAAGUCUGUAGACAGAGGUAGCAUAAUAAAAUAAUAAAAGAAAGAAUAAUUUAACCAUUAGUUUAAUUUGGAAAUGCAAAAACUACGAGAAAAGGAAAAAAAAUUACAAAUGAAUGAUUAAAAAUUACCUCCAAAUAAUAUAUAAAAUAAAUUAAAACACUAUCUAUUGCAAGAUAUCUUCAUACAAAAUUCUUCUAGCAUAGAUAAUGUGGACAAUCUAUCAAAGGUAGUAGACAUCAAUAAGUAAAUAGAAUAGGCCAAAGUAGUACUACCAAAUUCCAAUAAAUUUGUGAAAAGAUCAAACACUAACAUUAAGCAGAGAAAAAAAAACUCUUAAACAAAUAUAUAGUAAGGCAACAGCAUUGCUAAUUUACCUAUCUUGGAUUGUAGAAUUAUUUAAUCAAGCAAAAUAAAAACAAGAAUACCUACAGCCUUUAGAGACUUGCAUAUUAAUAGUGUUGAAAAUAAAUAAACAAAUGACACUUAAGAGUAGCUAGAAUUGUAAGAAUAGCAGAAUAAUCUUAAGGAAUUAAUUGAUUCGUUUAAUUCUGAGUGUUUAUUUUCAGAUUCGUCUAAGGAAAAUUUAUUAAAAUAAGAUAGAAGAAUAAAAAAGAAAAAGAAAAAGACUAGAAAUUCCUCUAAUAGCAUAAAUUAGUUGAUUAUAAUAAACAACUACAACACUAAAUAAAGUGUAAAUUAAUUAUCUAAAAAAAAGCAAGAUAACUUAAACAAUUCUUAUGAUAGUUAUAAGCCAUCUAGCAACCAUCUAAUAAAUAAUAAAAAAGCAUUUUAAAAAUCAAAGAAGUUUUUCUAAAACCAGAUUCUUCACUUAAAUGAAUCUUAAUCAAAGUCACCAUAAAAAUAAUAAUUUAAUCUUUAAAUAGAUCCAAAUUAUUUAAAAGCCCAAAACCUUAAAUAUAAAAUGCUGAGAUAAUUAAUUUAAAGCAAAUAAAAUGAAAUUUAAGUAUGA